UGCUCUUUUUAUGCUCACUCGCCAUUUUGAUUCAGCACAGUCGGUGACCUACUUUGAGCAGGAGCGAGCCAGCAGCGAAAGCAACAAGGCCCAAGCAGCUCUGUUAGGAACAAAGAAACAGCUGAUAAAAUCAUCAUGAGUGGCUGCCGUGUCUUCAUUGGACGCUUGAGUCCUCACGCCAGAGAGAGAGAUGUGGAGAAGUUUUUCAAGGGCUAUGGUCGCAUCCGUGAGAUCAACUUGAAGAAUGGGUUUGGCUUUGUGGAAUUUGAUGACCACAGAGAUGCAGAUGAUGCUGUGUAUGAGCUAAAUGGCAAAGAACUGUGUAGUGAACGGGUCACUAUUGAGCAUGCUCGCUCCAGAAGAGGAAGAGGUGGCGGCCCUGGAAUGGGACGUUUCGGAGGCGGCGGCGGCGGUGGUGGUGGUGGCGGCGGCGGCUAUCGUCAAUCUCGCAGCAGUGGAUCCAGAUAUGGCCCUCCAGUGCGGACUGACCACAGACUCGUUGUGGAGAACCUGUCUUCGCGGACGAGCUGGCAGGACCUGAAGGACCUGAUGAGGAAAGCAGGGGAAGUUACCUUUGUGGACGCUCACAGACCCACCAAAAACGAAGGGGUGGUUGAGUUUGCAUCCCGCAGUGACAUGAAGAAUGCCAUAUCCAAGCUUGAUGGGACAGAACUGAAUGGUCGCAAGCUGAAGAUGUUUGAGGACAGCAGAAAUCACAGCAAGAGCCGCUCUCGCUCCCGCAGCUACUCCCGCUCAAAGAGUCGCUCCAGGAGCCGCAACCGCUCCAGGAGCCGAUCCAGAUCCGCCAGCCGGACUCCCGAGAAGAAGACGUCAGGAGGGGGCAAGGCUUCAGCCAGAUCCCCGUCCCGCUCCAAGUCUCGCUCCAAGUCGCGCUCCAGAUCUCGCUCGCGUUCACCUGCACCGGCUCAGGACAAACAGUCUCCCCGCUCUCGUUCCCGCUCUCGCUCUCGCUCCCAGUCCCGCUCUCGUUCCCGCUCCGCCUCAGCAGACAGCAAACACUGAGAUGGGUACACCUGUAUGUUGUAACAUAGACUUGUAGUUGCUCGGUGUGGGUCUAAGUCUUUUUCCUUUCUUUUUUUUCCUUCUUUGUUUUAGUGAAGGGGAUGCAUUGCCUUUUUAUAUGGCUUCUUUUGAAAUAAAGACUGUCAUUAAUGACACUUUCGUGUUUAUUAUUUGUAAAUCUUAAUUUUGGAUGCGUCUCCGUAGAAGGAAGUUUUGUUUUUGUGAGAUUUAUGUAUCCCAUCUUUGUACAGGCAUUUCAUAUAUAUGAAAUACUCAGUUGGUGAUGAUGCCCGUUACAGUCUAAGCUGUCUGCCAUGUUUUGAUUCCAUCCAGCACUCUGUGGCUUUUGGUCACGUCAUUGAUUCUCCAAAAUGUUGACGAGUAUGUUUUGGUAAUGCGAGCUCCCGGUUGUUGCUGUGAUUACGCUUGUGAUGACGUAUUUGUACACGUUUCAUUCACUGCCCUGAUAUGUGAAUCUGCAAAGACUUCAGCUAGUUAUUUGUCUGGAUUUUUUUUUUCAUUUUUGUAAUGGAUUUAGAUUUGUUUUUAAAUCACGGCCUUAUUCCACCUGCUGAGUUUUCUUAAUCUCCACCCUAUUGGGUGUUGAGGGCCUGAACACGUUUGUCUCUAAAUAAGUUUAUAAUUUGAUACUAAUAAAAUGCCCACUGCAUUUCCUUUCCUUUUUUUAUGUCAGUUUUUUAAAAUACUUUGUGAAUGUGGUUCAAGAGAUUCACAUACGCAUUAAAAUUUCUGCGAUUGAACUCAAUAAAGCUUCACAACUGUUAA